CUGUUAUCUGACACUGUCAGAUACCUAGAGCCAGGUUUCCACAGCUACACUGAGAAGCCUUCACUAACAGAUUUUAUCCUGAUGCAAGAGAAGUCCAAAAUAAUCUGAGAUCCACAGGUCACCUUUCCAAAGACUCUAGCUCUGGCGCACAGAGUAUGAAGAGGGAAGUCAGAGGAAUCCUUUGAAGAAGAAGAAGGGCAAGCAAGAUGGGUCUGUUAAGCAUUGACCUGUUGAUCACACUUCAGAUCCUGCCGGUUUUUUUCUCCAACUGCCUUUUUCUCGCCCUCUAUGACUCGGUGGUCCUCUUGAAGCACAUGGUGCUUCUUCUGAGUUGCUCCAAGGCUGCACGUGGUGAAUGGCGAAGGAUGCUCACAUCAGAGGGCUUGCGCUGCGUCUGGAAUAGCUUUCUUCUAGAUGCCUACAAGCAGGUGAAAUUGGGUGGAGAGGCUCCCAAUUCCAAUGUCAUCCACAUACCUAAUGGCACUGCUGAAAGUAGCAGCAACUGCAAAUGGAAAAGCUCCAUGGGAAAGUACAGUACUGAAUGCCAUCUCUUAGACUUUGCCAAAUCUGAGCGCCCACUUGUAAUCAACUUUGGGUCAGCUACCUGACCUCCCUUCACAAACCAGCUGUCUGCCUUUGGCAAGUUGGUGGAAGAGUUCUCUAGUGUGGCUGACUUUCUGUUAGUCUACAUUGAUGAGGCUCACCCAUCAGAUGGCUGGGCUGCUCCUGGUAUCUCAUCUUCAUUUGAAGUCAAGAAACAUAGAAACCAAGAAGACAGAUGUGCUGCUGCUCACCAGCUUCUAAAGAAGUUUUCUUUGCCACCACAGUGCCAGAUAGUGGCUGAUUGCAUGGACAAUAAUGCCAAUGUGGCUUAUGGGGUCUCCUUUGAGCGGGUAUGCAUUGUACAAAGACAAAAAAUUGCUUACCUGGGGGGGAAAGGCCCUUUUUUCUACAAUCUUCAAGAGGUUCAACUUUGGCUGGAACAAAACUUCAGGAAAAGAUGAAAUCCAAAUUUACCAGAUAAGAAGUUAAGAGGACUGUCCUUUUAAAAUAAUGCAAAAAGAAAACAAGUUGGAUUUUGUUUUGAAUAGGAUUUUUCUGCCUUUGGGGACAAAACAGGCCUAGUAAAAUGUGCAAAGUGGUUACAAACAACAAUGAAUUCUCAGUGGCUCUCUGAAAAAGGAGCUGGGAAUUUUUUUCCCUUUCAUAGAACAAUACUUCUGAGAUUUUUAGCCAUGAGAUAGUAGAAGCACCCAAAACCAUUAUUUCCAGAAAGAUUAUGAAGAAUGAUAUAUCACACUCUGAGAUAAAAAGCACUUUGUCCUUCAGAGACUGUCCUGUUACAUUCCAUCAUAGCAUGUUCAGAAUCUAAAGCUUGCCAGGAUGAUGAAAUAAUUAUUUUAGUUUGUUGUAGUGAGGUACCAUUUGGUAAAUUUUCCAGAUUCCAACAUCUACUGUAAAUUGGAUAGCUAAUUGCCUUAUUAAUUGCUGAAAAUAAGAACUGGUAUUCACUCUGCUAUAAUACUUUUUUGUUUUUGCAAUGUAGUAUAGCUGCAAUUUGGAAAUCUUUUACUUUGAUUCUAUCUCUUUCAGUGCUUCAAAGACAAAGAAUUCUGUAAGAGCAGGUUAUACCCUAACUCUGCAUUGCAUGAUUAAACUGAAAUAUCUCCUAGCAAUAGUCAUUGUAGAAAUUACUUUAAUUGCUCUGAUUUUUUAGUUUAUAUCACCCAAAGUGAAUUUCUUAAUAAUUUUGAAGUAGUGAAGACUGUUAUGUUUUGGGCCAAUUCGGACAAUCUAGCUCAAAUGGAUUUCUACCAUUUGUUGUCUAUAAAAGAAAUAAUUUCUGUUGAAAAAAAUGUCUAAAUCAACUGACAGUUUCUUUUGUCUGCCCCAAACCCAAUUUUCAGAAUUUUGCUGUGAGAGAUCAGUAUUUGACUUAUUAUGUUUGAACCUGGAUAUCUCCAGGACAGUUAUGCAAUCAGGUCUGCAAUUGAUUUCUCAUAUCCAAUUCCUAUAACUGUUUUUUGAAAAGCAUGCUUCAGUAAACAUCAGUUACUGCCCCCAAAAAAAAAAAUAGCUUGUGCUUUCUGCCAGAAUAAACUAAUUUUUGAAAGUAAGCUCUUCAGGUGAAAAAUAUUAACACUUGAAGUAUUUUCUUUCAACUUAAACUAGCCUUUAAGACACAUCUCAUGGCAAUCUCAUUUCUCAUUAUCACAUUAUUUGGGGUAAAAACACAAGGAUUUCAGAGGGUGCAAUACUAUCUGUAAAUAUUUACCCUUUGCUGAUCCCACAUGAAGCUUUCAACUGGUGGAUCAUUACAAGUGAAAAAGUGCCUGUGAUCUUGGAAUUGGCGUGGGUUGGCACUUUGUAUUGGAUCACAUAAGGAACAAUUGUGAGAAUAUUACCUUGCAUUCUUUCUGCACUGAAGUAAUGUCUGAGCAAUGUAUUCCAAGGUUAUCACUGUGUAAGAAAAAAUAUUGUGUGUAUCCACAAUAUUUUGGGAACAUUGAUGGAAAAAUGCCCAGAAUCAUACACAAUAUAGAAACAAACUUGUUUUAUGUUAAGUCUGGAUGCAUGGAUAGAAACUAUCAGAUUUAUUUGCCUUUUUUUUUCAAAUUCAACAACAGUGCAGUUAAUAUUAGCUGUUAGUAUAUCUUUUUUUUAAAAAAAACACAAUUAAUUGCAUUUGAAAAUAGUGCAAGUGAGGUAUCUUUCUGUCAUGAUAAAAAAGAUAGAAUGAAAAGGGGAUGAUGUUCUACUUUAUUGGGACCGAGAUUUUAUUCAUAAAUUAAUGUGAUUGGCAUGAUGCAAUUCUUGUUGAUGCAUUGUUUACCCUAAUAAGCUGCAUUAUUGUGGUUAGCUUUUAACCACAUUAAUUUAAUGUGAAACAGAUUUCUGCUUUAGGACUGAUGAACUGCAGAGCAGCAGAAAGCCAAAUCCUUUGUUCACCUUCCAUUUUUAAAGAAAUAAUUUCCCCUUAAAUAUUAAUUUUGGCCUCAUGGCUACUAUCUCUCUUCAUCUGCCUGUCUCUGUACCCCACUCAUUUAAUGGGUGUCAAAAACAGAAGGAGUUUUGAUGAAACAGUUGGGAUGUUCAAUUUUGAAGGAAGAAGGCAAAGUGGAAUGGUUUUGAGAGAAAGGCUGGGUAGUAUUUUACUGAAAGAUGCAUUGAAAGAAAUAUAGUGAGUAGAAUUGCCCUGUUAGCAUAAUGGAUCAUUUGCCCAUUUUUAUUCAAAGUACAUAAAAA